GUUAACCGACUAUAUUAAGUUGAUACAAUUGCACAAACAUAAAUAUUCGAAUAUUUUCGUAAUUUCUAGUACAUCGAAAGUACUGUUUAUAUCACGUUUAUUUCUAGAAUGUAACUGUUUGCUAUAAAAAUUAAAAUGGAUGUUUUGACGUUAGGAUCCCAAAGACUUAUCCAUUUGGAUAUGAAGGGGGCACCUCCUAGAUUAUCAUAUUUAGACAAGUUAUUCCCAUUACUUAGAGAUUGGGGUGCGACUGGUCUUCUGAUUGAAUGGGAGGAUACUUUUCCAUAUACAGACGAUUUAAGUUUACUGGGAAGCCGUUCUGAACAUAAUGAAAGUAUUGGCGGAUUUUAUACUAUUGAGGAAGUUAAUCAAAUACAAGAUUUAGCUACGAUUAACUCUCUUAGUGUUAUUCCUUUAAUACAAACAUUUGGACACUUAGAAUUUCUAUUGAAACAUAGUAAAUGGCGAAGUUUACGUGAAGUUGAAAAUUAUCCAAGUAGUAUGUGUCCUUCACAUUCAGAUUCCUUGCCAACAAUACGUAAAAUAAUUACUCAAAUCAUAAAAAAUCAUCCCAAUAUACAAUACAUUCAUAUUGGGGCUGAUGAAGUAUGGCAUAUGGGACUGUGUCCUUCAUGUGAACGUCGUGUUCAAACAUGUAAAAAUGGCAAAGCUGAUUUAUUUUUAGAGCAUAUUAUGAAUGUUGCACAAUUUAUUAAAGACCAUUAUCCCAAUUUAAAAAUAAUUAUAUGGGAUGAUAUGUUACGCAAUAUUGAUACAGCUGUUUUACAAGAAUAUAAUUUGGGCACGUUAGUGGAACCUAUGGUAUGGCAUUAUAAUCCUAUGGAAACUUUUUCGUUAGGGCCGUCUUUAUGGGAUAAAUAUAGUAAUGUAUUCCCCAAUAUUUGGAUAGGUACAGCUUUUAAAGGAGCUACAGGAUGUACUCAGAUUGUACCUGUUCAUCGCCAUCACAUUAGUAACCAUGAAACAUGGCUGGCUGAAUUGAAUUCUAAUGUGAAUAAAAUUCAAAAUUUUCGAGGAUGUGCUUUUACAGGAUGGUCAAGGUAUGAUCAUUAUGCGUUAUUAUGUGAACUGUUACCUUGUGCGCUUCCAAGUUUAGCACUCUGUUUAAAAGUUUGGCUAAAUGGUGGUUACAAUACUAAUUUAUUGAAAUCUGUUAGUAAAAUGUUAGGUUACAUAAAUGUUCCUUUAAGUUUAGAACCGCCUAUACGUCCUACACCAAUCCCAACGGAAUUAUUAUUUCCCGGUUGGCAAAUACUUGUCGGUAUGGAAUGGUUUUUAAAUACGAAAUACCGAUAUAAAAGUAUCGUGGAGAGUGAUCAAUUGGAUGCUUGGUUUAAUUCUAGUCAAAUACGCAAAAAUUACACAAAUCCAAUGCAAAUUGAAAGGUUUAUUGGAAUCUUUACCGACUUACUUUUUGAAGUCUCAUCAGUAGAAAAAUAUUUACGAGUCCAAUUAGAUUUAGUGUUUAAUACUAACGUAGGGGAUGAAUUUAUCGAUUCACGUAUAACACCCAUUAAAGAACAUAUUAAACAACUGAAAUCAGAUUGUGAAUUACAAGUAUCACGUGGUGUACAACCAUAUCCAUCAGUAAAUCGAGUCACAUCAUAUCCCAGUUAGAUAGAGUUUCAUAAAAUUCUAUGAAGGCUAAAGUUAAAGUUUCUAUCUUGUCAGCAUAAACAUUUAUAACAUUUAUACCUGACCUAUUUUUGAUUUUUAAUUUUCUAUUAUAUCUUUGUAUUGUGUUAGAUUGAACAAGAUUUUUACAACAAUUUGGUUUUAUAUUCCAAAUGACAUCUUUUUACACUUUUUGAAUCUAUUUUGCCGAUAAUUGCCACACUCUUGUACUUCUUGUACAUGCUUUAAUUUUUGCAUGCAAUCAUUUCAUGAUUGGGUUACUUGACUCCAAUAAAUUUUGGGCUUGAAAGAAUUUGAGUUCGUUUCGAUCCCUUCACAUGAAAUUUUUAUUGAUAUUAAAAAGAGUUUUAGAAUUAUUAGUUGUU